CUCCCAUUGCGCCACAAAGGCUUUAAGUACUUCAACACAGCAGCUUGUCUCCUCAGAAAGAUAAGACAAACUAUCAUAGAAAAGACACUGACAACAGGACUCUUGUUGACUUGUUAACUAGAAACUAAGACACCAUGGCGGACCAGCUCUUGUUUACUCAGGAUAACCUGGACCGGAUCCACGCUGUGGAGAACUCAUUUGGGCCCAAGGGGAAGCCCUUGUCCAAGCCGGGUCGGGUUCUGAUCGGAGAGGGUCGGCUGAUGAAGCUGAGCCGCCGGGGGCCGCAGCCUAAAGUCUUCUUCCUCUUCAACGAUGUGCUGGUGUACGGCAGCAUCAUUCUGAACGGCCGUUGGAACAAAAAUCAGAAGAUCAUUCCUCUAGAGGACAUCCAGCUGGAGGACUUGGAGGACAGCGUGACAAUGAGAAACCAAUGGUUGAUCCGCACACCAUGCAAGUCCUUCUACGUGGCAGCCGUCUCAUACGAGGAGAAGCGAGCCUGGAUGGAACACAUCGAGGACUGGCAGUCCAGACUGUUGCAGAGCGGUGGCUGCAGGCCCGGCUCCACCUUCGCCGUCACCUGGAUCCCCGACCAUGCCUCUGCGGUCUGCAUGCGCUGCUCCAACAAGUUCACCAUGGCCCAGCGGCGACACCACUGCCGGAAAUGCGGUUUCGUGGUCUGCGGUGCGUGCUCCAAGAAGCGAGCGGUAAUCCAACACAUUCACCCGACAAAGUGGUUGAGGGUCUGCACCACGUGUCACUCGAGUCUUUCCACGACAGACGCAAAAACCCAAGAGAUGUCUCGUCAGAGGGGAAACAGCACAGAGAAGAUGGGCUCAGAUGAAGAUGAAGUGGAGGGAUCCAGUGAGGAAGAGGAGGCAGAGGAGCAGAUGGAGGACCAUGACCCCAGCAGGUGGAUGGACUCCUGGUCCCCAUAUGUCUACCUCAAACCAGACCAUUUGAGGCCCCAAACAUGAAGCACACCAAGAGUGCUGCAGCCACUCAGAACGCACCUGGCGUUGGACUUUCUAUAACAUGGACACAACACUGAUGCAGCUUUGUGCAAGUUGGUCAUGAACAUAACAAGACAAUAAUGUAUUAACUUCAACUAUUUUGUAUAUACUGUAUUUAUUGAUGUGAAUAAUUUGUCUGUUCACAUUGUGCUGUUUGUGGGAACACUGUUGCUGUGAAGUCGUCCUUGAUUUGCUCUGAUAAUGUGGUCAGAGGAUUUGGAUUAUUUAAAAAUAACAUUUUUGAGAAAUAUUAUGUGUAUUAGUUUCUUACAUCACAAAAUGUUUUUUACAUUUUUUUUUUUUUUUUAUGAACCUUUUUCUUCCGGGUGUCAGGAGGAUAUGUCAGUGUUUGUGUACAUGAGAGUAUUUGGACUUAACAUGAGCCUCACAUUUGUCUUUGAAAUUAUGAAAAAUAAAGCACUUGGAAAAUA